AUGAACUCGCUGGUGGUGUUGUUGUCUAUGGUGGCGUUGGCCGCUGCCAAACCAUCGGGUCUCUUCCAAGCUGGAUUAGUUUCAUAUGCUGCGCCCGCUAUUGCCAGCCUACCCGCAGCAGUGUCACAGCAGUCCCGGAUCGACAUCAAAUCGUCUCCAGCUGUUAUUUCAACCGCUGAAGUAGCACCCAUCACUCGUUCUAUCGUCGCUGAACCGUUCAUUGCCACUCCAUCAGUCUUGGCAGCCCCAGCAGCUGUUUCUUCUCAAUCGCGCCUUGACAUCAAGUCAUCACCUGCCAUCAUCAACACAGUGGCCGCAGCUCCUCUGGCUUAUAGUGCACCGAUUGGCAUCGCACCUACCCUAAUCAAGAGUGCAUACGCCGCGCCCGCAUUCACAGCCCCAGCUUUGUUGAAAACCUCCAUUGCGGCUCCUGGACUCUUGACUCCAGCUCUUGCUGCGCCCGGAGUACCCCUCGAUACUCCUGAAGUAAUUGCCGCUCGUGCUGCUCACUUUGAAGCCAAAGCUCUGGCCGGGGCUCACCUUAUCCGCAAACGCUCAGCGCCCCUGAUUGGGGCUCCCGUUUUAUCUACAUACAGUGCCCCACUGGUGUCCACCUAUAGUGCUUCUCCAAUUGUUUCCCCUCUGUCCGCGACUUCUCUGAUCUCCACAUACUCCGCACCCAUAGCCCUCUCGACGCCGCUCAUCACUAAGGCAUACAGCGUACACCCCUGGUGA